AUGGACGCUAUACUCGAGCUCCUCGACCCGUAUGUCUUCGAUUACGGAUACGCAUACCUUUUCCCCCAACAGCAGCUCCAAUCAUCACCAAAGGCAUACGGAAACUCAACAAACUACGCCUCGUCUUCCACGAACUUUGACGAUGAGUACUCGCUCAACUUUGGCUCGUCACUACCGCGCGACGACAUCUACCGCCAGAGCGCUUCUAUUCUCUUGAUCGCUGGCUUCGGCGCCGCCUUCAUCUACGUUAUUUCCGCCGCCCUUUCAUACUACUUCGUUUUUGAUCGCCGUCUCGAACAUCACCCUCGAUUCCUCAAGAACCAGAUCAAGCUCGAGAUCCAGUCUAGUUUCUUCGCCAUUCCCAUUAUCGACCUUCUUACACUCCCCUUCUUCCUUGGAGAAGUCCGCGGUCACAGUCUGCUGUACACGCGAAUUGACGAGUAUGGCUGGUGGUGGCUGGCCGUGUCUACCGCCUUCUACAUGGUCUUUAACGAUAUUGGCAUUUACUGGAUUCAUCGCCUUGAGCACCAUCCCAGUGUCUACAAGUAUGUUCACAAGCCUCACCACAAGUGGAUCAUUCCUACCCCCUGGGCUGCCAUUGCUUUCCACCCUGUUGACGGAUACCUCCAAUCCCUCCCUUACCAUGUCUUUGUCUACAUCUGCCCCAUGCAGAAGCACCUCUACAUGUUCCUCUUCGUCUGCGUUCAGGUCUGGACCAUCCUUAUCCACGACGGCGACAUGAUUACCGGCCAUUGGCUCGAAAAGUUCAUCAACAGCCCUGCCCACCACACUCUCCACCACAUGUUCUUCACCUGCAACUACGGCCAAUACUUCACAUGGGCCGACAACUACUGGGACUCUCACCGUGCUCCCAUGCCCGAGCUGGACCCUAUUCACGAGGCCCUCCGAGUCAUGCGCGAGAAGGGCUUGGUGGACAAGGAUGGAAACCCCCUCAAGAAGUCCAAGGAUGAGUAA